AUGUCAUCAACAGACGAAAAGAAUUUAAUGUGGAUUGAAAAAUAUCGUCCACAUGAACUCUCCGACUUGUUAUCACACACAGAAAUUAUUUCAACCAUCCAACGAUUGAUAGAUGGACGAAGAUUACCCCACCUAUUAUUCUACGGACCACCUGGGACAGGAAAGACAAGUACUGUGUUAGCCAUUGCCAAACAACUCUUCGGAAAUAACUUGUCCCAUCAUGUUCUUGAGCUCAAUGCUAGUGAUGAUAGAGGAAUUCAAGUCAUUAGACAAGAAAUCAAAGAUUUUGCUUCUACAAAAGGUUUAAAGUUUUUUUCAGCACAAAAACAAGACAUACCUGAUAUUAAAUUAAUUAUUUUAGAUGAAGCAGAUCAAUUGACAAAAGAUGCACAAGCAGCACUAAGACGUACAAUUGAGAAAUAUUCAAAAAAUGUUAGAUUUUGUUUAAUUUGUAAUUAUGUGAAUAAGAUUAUUCCAGCAUUGCAGUCAAGAUGUACUAGAUUCAGAUUUUGUCCUCUCAAGAAACAUGAAGUUGUGUCGAGAUUGGAACAAAUUUGUAAUGCAGAACAUGUGGUUUUUAAUCAACUCGGUUUAGAAGCAGUUUUUAAAUUAUCUAAUGGUGAUAUGAGAAAGUGUGUCAACAUUCUACAAUCUACCUACAUGUCGUUUGGACAAAUUACGGAGGAUAACGUUCACAUGUGCACAGGAAAUCCACUCAAGAGCGAUAUUAGACAAAUUGUGAACGUGUUGUUCAACGAUGGUUUGCACGACUGUUACAAAAAGAUUGCAAGUAUCAAAACUGACAAAGGUUUAGCUUUGCAAGACAUUAUUAGAGAAGUUUUUCAAUACGUGAUGAGAUUAAGUAUUCCAACACCUGUUCGAAUUUAUCUGCUAGAACAGAUGAGUGAUAUUGAAUAUAGAUUAUCAUUUGGAACAAGUGAGCCUCUACAAACAAUGGCACUUAUUUCUGCAUUCCAAGUCGCCAAAGAACCAAUUACCUCGAAGGAUGAAGAAGCAGCACUUGCAUUACUUAAGCAAGAUUAA